AUGACUCCACCUCCGGGUUGCCCUAUGCAUGAGCCCAAGAAGGAGACUCCUCCUCCUGGAUGUCCUAUGCACAAGUCGGACACACCAGUCACUGAUAAGCUCAAUGAGCUCAACAUGAUGCCUAAUCUCACCCAGGACCAAUAUGCCGACCAGAGCAUGGAAUUGCCCACUGAGCGUACAAUUUCCUCUAUUCCGAAAGCAAAGGAUGCCGACUCAAAGUGGGAAUAUCCUAGUCCCCAACAAUUUUACAAUGCUCUUAGACGUAAAGGCUGGGAAACACCUGAGGAACAUGUUGAGACUAUGGUAGAUAUCCACAAUUUCUUGAACGAAGAAGCAUGGAACGAAGUUUUGAAGUGGGAGUCUAAGUUUGGAUGUGAGUGCAAAGAAGAUCCCUAUUUGUCUCGCUUCCAGGGCAGACCCCAGGAAUUAUCACCUAAGGCUAGAUGGCAUUCUUUCUUUGGAUAUAUAUAUCUUAUAGGAUUCUUUCAAUGUAGUGGUCCCAAGCCCUUUGAUCGUCACGACUGGUUUGUGAACAGAUGUGGCGAAGAGAGACGUUAUGUAAUUGAUUACUACGAAGCUCCCGAAGAAGUACCAGGCGUCCCUGUUUUCCAUUUAGAUAUUCGCCCAGCUAUUGAUAGCCCUGAGGCUGCUUUCUUCCGUAUUAAAGAAGCUGCAAAAGAGAAAUGGGCCCAGUGGUUCUCUAGCCCCGCAUCAAACCAAACCGCCUAA